CCAUACAUAAACAAAUUAUCUACAGAUUGAAAAUCAUGAGCUCCCAAAUGAACAUGUCUGAGAAUCCGAUAUUGGCGCAUGCAGUGUGCAUACCAUUCCCAGCUCAAGGCCACAUAAACCCUAUGAUGAAGCUGGCCAAGCUCCUCCACGGUCGAGGGUUCUACAUAACCUUCGUCAACUCCGAGUUCAACCACCGCCGCCUCCUCAAAUCUCGUGGCCCUCAUUCCCUUGACGGUCUCAAAACCUUUCGAUUCGAAACGAUCCCUGAUGGCUUGCCAGAGUCUGACGAGAAUGCCACUCAGGAUAUCACAUCUUUAUGUAAAUCAACCACCAAUACCUGUUUGGCCCCGUUUAAACAUCUGAUUUCCAAAAUCAGAGACAGUGGAGCUCCCCCGGUGACGUGUAUAAUCUCAGACGGGGUGAUGAGCUUCACUCUCGACGCGGCCGAGGAAUUGGGCAUUCCUCAGGUCCUUUUCUGGACGACCAGCGCUGUCGGAUUUAUGGGUUAUCUUCAUUAUACAAAUUUCAUGGAAAACGGCUAUACACCCUUCAAAGAUGAGAGUUAUUUUGGAAAUGGUUAUCUGGAUACGGCAAUAGACUGGAUCCCUGGAAUGGAAGGCAUGCGGUUGAAAGACUUCCCCAGCUUCUUUCGAACAAAAGAUCCGAAUGAUUUCAUGCUUCAUUUCGCCAUUAGCGUAACGAACAAAGCAAAACGAUCCUCCGCCAUUGUUUUCAACACCUUCAACGAACUCGAGGCCGACGUGAUUCGCUCUCUCUGUAACAUCCUCCCACCGCCAAUCUACACCAUCGGCCCUCUCCACCUCCUCAUGAACGAGCUCGAACACGACGAAGGUCUCAACGCUCUGGGUUCCAAUCUUUGGAAAGAAGAAACAGAGUGUCUCGAUUGGCUUGACUCCAAACAACCCGGUUCAGUCGUCUACGUUAACUUUGGAAGCAUAACCGUGAUGACGGCUCAUCACUUAAUUGAGUUCGCAUGGGGAUUGGCCAAUACCCAGAAACCGUUUCUUUGGAUCAUAAGACCCGACAUCCUGGCCGGAGAUACGGCAAUCUUGCCGGCGGAGUUCUUGGAGGAGACUAAGGAAAGAUCUAUGAUGGUGAGCUGGUGCCCGCAAGAAAAGGUAUUGGCCCAUCAAGCAAUUGGGGUUUUUUUGACCCACGGUGGAUGGAAUUCCACAAUUGAGAGUAUUUCCGUCGGAGUUCCGAUGAUAUGCUGGCCGUUUUUUGCAGAGCAGCCUACGAAUUGCUGGUUCUGUUGUGAGAAAUGGGGGAUAGCGAAGGAGAUCGACAGCGAUGUGAAGAGGGCAGAUGUGGAAGGAUUGGUUAGAGGAUUGAUGGAUGGAGAAGAAGAAGGAAAGAAGAUGAAAGAUAAGGCAAUUGAGUGGAAGAAGAAGGCGGAGGAGGCCGUUGGGACCGGCGGAUCUUCACAGGAAAAUCUAGAUAAGUUGAUUAACCAAGUGCUUCUUCUCCCUUCAAGAAAUUCUUAAAUUUCUUUUUAUCUUUUUUAAUAAUAAUAACUAGUAUGUAUCCCUUGCAUGGACAAGUGUAAU